UACGCAACAGCAAGUUAUUAUUGCGCAUUAAGUUGUCCAUGAAGUUCACGUUCAAAGUCAAAACAUUUCCAUGUUCAAAGAAUGCGCGUCAUUCUGCUGUCAAAAAGGCCGUAUCCGUGGGCUGUGUCAGUAAUUUGCAAGCGUAAUUUGUUUUUACAUAAAAUGUCCGCGAAUUCCUCCCCAGGAAAAAGCGAUGCUGAGGAUAGUAAUGGUGCCCCUAGCCCGCCAAAUCAAAGUGAGCAUUUAGGUUCUCGCAUUCGUGAUUUGGAUGUAGAUACUAUUCGAAGAUAUUUUGCUCAAAAAUUCGGGUUUUAUGAGCCUAACGAACGAACUGGUGGUGUCGAAAAGGUUUUACAUGAAGUCAGUUUAGAUGGUGUUGUUAAAUGGAUGAAAAGCGCACGAUGCCAAAAUGUUAUUACAUUAGCUGGAGCUGGUAUAUCAACAUCGGCAGGUAUUCCUGACUUUAGAAGCCCUGAGACUGGUCUCUAUCACAAUUUGCAAAAAUACAAUCUUCCAGAACCACAGGCAAUCUUUGAGAUAAACUUUUUCAGACAAAAUCCUAAACCAUUUUUCACACUAGCAAAGGAACUGUUUCCUGGAAAUUUCAAACCAACGAUUUCUCAUUAUUUCAUUAGGCUUUUGCAUGAAAAAGGUCUAUUGCUCCGUCACUAUACACAGAAUAUUGAUACAUUAGAAAGAGGCGCUGAGAUCCCUGAUGAUAAAAUAGUUGAGGCACAUGGCACAUUUUAUACAUCACAUUGCUUGGAAUGCAGAAAAUUGUAUAGUCUAGAAUUUAUAAAAGAACACAUAUUUUCUGAUGAGAUCCCCCUAUGUACAGAAUGCAGUGGAGUAGUCAAACCAGAUAUAGUUUUCUUUGGAGAAAGUCUACCAGAACGAUUCCAGAAUUGUCUACAAGAAGAUUUUCAGAAAUGUGAUAUGCUAAUCAUUAUGGGAUCAUCUUUGGAAGUCCAGCCAUUUGCGUCGCUAAUUGAUAUGGUACCUGAAUGGUGUCCCCGUCUCCUAAUAAACCGAGAGAAGGCCGGUAUGAGGUCUCCUUUACUCCGGAUGUGGGGUCUCAUGAGUGGAGGACUUCAGCUGGAUGAUGAUGCUGUCAGGGAUGUGGCAAGGCUUGGUGAUUGCGACGAGGGAUGUGCUGAUCUGGCUGAAAGACUUGGUUGGGGGGAUGAGCUUCACGCGUUAGUUGCCAGCGAGCAUGAAAGGUUGGACCGCGAGGGCGCUCUCACUAAACCCCAUGGGCCAAAAGUUGGCCACUCCUUGAAGCCGACUAUUCCUAUCGUACCAAGUGGAAGUUCUGCCAUUCCAACAGUGGUUGAAUCGCCACCCAAUCCGAUACCCAAAAUAUGAAAUUUCGCUAACUGGUAUUGCAUUUUUCGAAGGCACUAGAAUGUUCCACAGGGGAGAAUAGGGUUAACUUUAAAUAUAAAGCCCAUCCUCCUCUAUCUUGGUUUAAAUGUUGAUUAUAGGUAAAUUUAAUAAUUCCGUUGUAGAUAGCUUAUUUAUUUUUGUACUAUGUAGUCUAGCAUUGCUUAGUAAAGGGAAGGGAGGGAAGGGAGUUUUGUAUGGUGGUAUAAUUUAACUAAAUGUAUUCUAUACCUAGACCCCAGAUGGGUGUCUGGAUAUAAUAUCUAGCGUCAACGUGCGUUCAUAUUACAUUUAAGCGUAUCACGUCAACUGUCAUCUUUGACAGCUGACAUUGACGUGAUAUUUUUCUUUUGUAUACAAAUCUAAGGCCCUAGUUAAGUAGAGAUGCGUAACUGAGUCAAAUAUUAUGCGUUUACGCGCAUACGAUAUUAACUAUGUUUAUAAUAUCAACUGCCAUCUUUGACAGCUGGCAAUGUCAUCUACAAAAUUUUAAAAUCAUAAACGCUAAUAAUAAUGAGUGUCAUUAAAACGUAUUAAAAUAAUUUGUUGAUUUGUUUAGUUAAAUGUCAGAAAUGAGCGCGUGUGAAUUAUAUUAAGCGUUUUCUUGUGUAAUUAAAGUUAUAGAAUACUUGCGAUGAUGAAUUUAAUAAAUAUUAAAAAAAAACUAAGAGUGUUGUGAUAAAAAGGGAUAGUUAGCAUUCAGAAUGAUUUAUUUUUGUGUAAGGCAAUGUAUACUGUACUAUAAUCUUAAUAAAUAAUAAUAAUUUUCCCUAU